AUGGAAGCGGACGAGGCCUCGGCGCCGCCUCCCCCGCCGUGGGCGCAGAACAAGUCGGCCGCGGCCAUCGAGGCCUCGUCGGGCCCGCUCGCCGCCGCGGCCUCCCGCCUCUCCGCCCGCUCCCGUGCGCUCCCCUCGUCCCGCGACUUCCACUUCUACAACAACUUCCCGGCAUUCAAAUCCCCCGUCGGCGCCGCGGCCGCCAAGGCCGACGCCUCCCUCGGCGUGCUCGGCGUGGCCCCGCUUCUCCCGACGCGGCAGCAGCAGCCGUUCCCCGGGGGCGGCGACCUCGACGACGCGCACGACUGGCUCGUCGCCCUCAACGACGACCUGCUCGAGCGGUUCGGCGCCUCCACGGAUGACUUCAAGGCGCUGCGGGAGAAGGAGGAGGCCUCCGGGCGGAGGGCGGCGCCUGAUGCUGGGGACGGGGACGGGUUCCAAGUGGUGUGCGGGAAGAAGAAAAAGAAGGUGGGCGAUGUGGGUGAGGAACGCGUUGGAAGAGUUGGGGCGUUUGGGGGUUCUGGCUCUGUGAAGAUGGUCACCAAGGACAAGGCGACCGCGCCGGGGGUGAAGGCGAAGGUGCCCUUCCACAUCCGAACCAUCCCAAGGCCGCAGGAUGUGCACCGCAUUGUGGUGGACAACUCCAGCAAGCCGUUCGAGCAUGUCUUGCUUGAGCGCAGCGAGGAUGACCCUCGUUUCGUGCACCCAUUGGAAAAACUCCCUGUUGAACAACUAAUCAGCAGAAAUGUUCUUGAUAGUGAGCCAGUAAAGCCACCUGCUUUAGAUGACACUCCUUUUACAUUUGUUGAAGACCUGAAAACCUUGGAGGUGCUAGCCACAAAGCUGAAGGAUGCAACUGAGUUUGCUGUUGAUUUGGAACACAACCAUUAUAGGACGUUUCAGGGUUUGACAUGCUUGAUGCAGAUUUCAACAAGAACAGAGGACUUUAUUGUUGACACUCUUAAGCUUCGUAAAUAUCUUGGUGAUUAUCUAGGAGAAUUUUUCAGAGAUCCAACCAAGAAAAAGGUAAUGCAUGGCGCAGGUCGUGAUAUUAUAUGGCUUCAGCGAGACUUCAGCAUAUAUGUGUGCAACCUUUUUGACACAGGCCAGGCUUCAAAGGUCUUACAGAUGGACCGUAACAGCUUGGAGCAUCUUUUGCACCAUUUCUGUGGAGUAACUGCAAACAAAGAAUACCAAGCUGCAGAUUGGAGAUUGAGGCCCCUUCCUUAUGAAAUGAUCAAAUAUGCUAGAGAGGAUACACACUAUCUGCUAUAUAUAUAUGACCUGAUGAGAUUGAGACUAGUGAAUGAGUCAUCAGGUGAAAAUGAUCUUCUUUUAGAGGUUUGCAAGCGCAGCAAUGAAAUUUGCUUGCAACUAUAUGAGAAGGAGCAGCUGACUGAUACAUCAUAUCUACAUAUACAUGGGUUGAAAGAAAAUGAGCUGAAUGCAAGACAGCUGUCAGUUCUUUCUAGUCUAUAUCGAUGGAGAGAUGGCAUUGCCCGUGCUGAGGAUGAGAGCACUGGCUAUAUAUUACCCAAUAAGACUCUACUUGAGAUAGCAAAGGAGAUGCCUGUGACAAGUGGGAAGUUAAAAAGAAUUGUUAAAUCAAGAAAUUUGUUUCUUGAGCGCCAUCUCGGCCAUGUUAUUAACAAUAUAAGGGAUGCCAUAGCAGCUUCUGGUGCUUUUGAAAGUGUAGCGGAUCAGCUGAAGAAGGGAAAGCUGGAAGAGUUAACAGUGGCAGAUGUGAAGAACAGCAGUGAGGACAUUGAAAUGAUUCCUGCUGUUGAUGUUGAUAACAUUGAAGAUCCGAAUGAUAAAUCUGCUGUAGUUUCUGCAGUGAUUACAAAUGUUGGUGCUGCUCCCUGUAUGGGGACUAUUACAAGCGAAGCUUCUUUGGGUAAUAUGCAUUUAGAGGACGUUUUGCCUGAAACAAAGGACUCGGGUACUUCAUCAGGGUUUACUGUGCCGGCAGAUACGGAAAAACUGAGCAAUGACCAGCAGCAAGCAGCAAAGGCUAUUGUUCAAGUAUCAAAGAGGCCUACAGCUUUUGGAGCUCUGUUUGGAAAACCGGCUGCUGGACGAAGGCCAGAUCUUUUCCUAGGGUUUUCAAAUGUUCAGGGUAAGACUAAGGUGGACAAGAUAGCGUCUUCCGUGGUACUUCCUUUUCAUCAUUUCUCUGGUGGUGCAAAACCUUCAUCAGCCAUCCUUCCAGCAAAAGAAUCUUUGCAUUCUGAACCAGAAAGCAUCCAACACAGUGAUCCAGCUUGUCAGUUGGAAGAAGUGAUACAGUUGGACAUGGAAACAGACGAGCCACAACCACCAGAAAAUGGCAACGAGGAUGGACACUGUGAGACUGAAGACACUGAGAUGUCAAAGUCCCCUUCAGAUGACCCCUCUGGUACCGAGCAACGAUUCCAAACACUCAACGAAGAAAGAAACGUUCAGCAGAAUCAGAAGACACCUCAAGAAUUCGAAUUUAGUGUUCCGGUGGUGCCUUUUGAUUAUGCCGAAGCCAGAAAGAAUUUCGUGUCUAGUGAGCCUAAAGCUGAGAGGAGAAAAGAUGAUGCGGUUGCAAGGGCUAUAAAUACGGACUCUGGAGAUAAGCAGAUAGCUUCAAAAAAGCCAGGUGGGGGAGAGAACGAGGGAAAUUUCCAGCAUCCACGAAGACGGCAGGCUUUUCCGCCUUCAGGCAAUAGAAGUGCUACAUAUCACUACCCUUGGGUGAUCACUGAUCAGGCAUGGCCAUGGGACUGGGAGGCCCCUCCUGGCCGAAUUUGCAGCGCCUGGUGCGGCGGAAGCCGGCGACGGCGAGCGCCGCUGGCUGGGCCGAAGACGCCGACAGGGGAGGUGGCCAGCGCCUCGCCAGGACGCUAUCUGUUCCCCACCUCACCGCCAUCGGCUCUAUUUUUCGGUGGCCAAGAUAAGUUGCCGUUCUUUCUAGCACAAGUGCAUGUCAAAGGGCUUGACACCCCACUUGAUCCAUGUGCUGCUAUUCUUGUCCUGAUAGUUACUGCAUUACUCUGUCUGGGAAUUAAAGAGAGCUCAUCCGUGGAAGGCAUCAUCACCACUGCAAAUAUCAUAGUGAUGCUCUUUGUCAUCUGUGCUGGUGGAUGGCUAGGAUUCAGGAAUGACUGGAUUGGUUAUAAAGUGCCAGAAGGUUAUUUCGCUAAUGGUGUCAGCGGAGUUCUCUCUGGAUCAGCAACCCUCUUCUUCGCAUUCAUUGGCUUCGACACAGUUGCUAGUACGGCCGAGGAGGUGAAGAAUCCUCGGCGUGAUCUUCCAUUGGGAAUGGGCCUGACCUUGUCCCUGUGUUGCUUCCUCUACAUGAUGGUUUCUGCUGUUGUGGUCGGUUUGGUGCCGUACCACGCGAUGGAUCCGGACACCCCUAUUUCUUCUGCGUUUGCGCGAUAUGGGAUGCAGUGGGCCGAUGGAGCUGUUCUUGCUCUUGUGGCAUCCUUGAUAGGCGGUAUUCUUCCCCAGAGAGGACACUUGAGCUACAGCUGUCCUUUCACAGAGAAUUGUGGUGGCCACAGUGGAGCUUUCAGAGGUUCUGAUGGUGGUGGCUAUGGAGGAUACCAUGGUGUCCAUGGCCAUGGAGGAGACUAUAGAAGCUGCAGUGGAGGCCAAGGUAGUUCCAGGACCAAUGUGGCAUGA